AUUACUUUCCAAAGACUGAUGCUGAACACAGAAACAGGCAGAGUUGGAUGAUGAGCUUUUAAAUGGGCGUAUCACACAAACUGAGAAGUUCCAUGGGAAUGUAAACUUCAUCAUUGGAACUGUUCCGGUGUUUAUUCAUAACGCACGCAUUACCAAUAUGUCUGAUUCAGGCCUCCUGCUUGAUUCCAAACAGUGUUCUCCGAAUUCAGGUAAAACCAUGCUAUCGGGAAUUGAUGAGGAGCCAACGGAGAAUGGUAAUGAUGAGGAGUUGAAAAAUGGCUUAUUGGAACCGCUAGAAAUGUGUAUGAAAGACAGGCGAAGAGCGAAAUCCCUGCCCGCGUACCAAAAGCAGGCUACGCUUUUUGAAGAAAUAGCCAAUAACGGCCGAAAACGAGUGAAGUUCGCAGACUCCAUGGGGCUUGAUUUGGCAAGUGUGAAGCACUUCAGCACAACAGAAGACCCGCAAAUCCCGUCCAAGGUAUUUUCAAGACUGCAGAGCUUCCCCCCUCAACUGCAGGACCGAGAGUAUCCAUUUGGGGACCUGUGCAUACACUUUGAAUCCACCUUGACCAUGGAUCGUCUCGUCCCAACUUUCAAGAUGCCAGUUGAGUCUGAACAUUUUGAAACCACGGUAUUGCAGCGACACGUCAACCUGGAGAAGGUGACCAUCACCCGGUUUGACGUCCGUGGGCAGAUUCGGACAAAUAUUCAAAGUUGUUGUAAGAGGGAAGUUGGUGUGAGGUACACGUUCAACGAGUGGCUGUCUUCCGUGGACGCGCAGGCGAUACCCAUGCCUGUGGAUGACAAUAUUGUCGGUGAGCGUUAUACCUUUACCUUGUACACACCUCCGUUCCUAGACCCAACUUCCUCGGUGCACUUCGCCGUGUACAUCAGGAAUGACCAGGGCGAGUUUUGGGAUAACAACAAUGGACAAAACUAUACCUUGAAGUAUCACUGUACAGGUAUGGUGACCUACGAGAGCGCGGCAUUUCACGCCACUUAAAACGCGCUCUUGUGCACGUGCGUAAAGUUGGUGUCGUUCAACAAGUGUUCUUAGGAAGUUGUUCUCUAUCACGUGGAUUGAUAUAUACUUUUCAAUAAAGUUAGCAUUUUCCCCUUUACAUCCGGCCCCACCGUGUUAUUAUCGAGGUGGUUAUGCGUUCAUAAUGAUUAUUAUGACUUUAGGCCUACUGAAGAUUGAUGUGCUGACUUUGAACCAAAAAAGGGAACCACUCAGAUCCAUCCUUUUUAAAAGUAAAACAUGGAGUUGCCAAGUUUGCAUCUGUCCAGUUGAGUAUUCUGACCUCCUCUGGAACAGCAUUUCAUAACACAAGAAUUGCCAUUAGGAUCUGUGAAUGACCGAUGAACAUUUAUCAGCUACACUGCCAGUGGGGACUGCACAGACCCAAGACCAUACUAAAAGACUGCCAAUUAAGUAUUUUAAGAGACAUGACAGUACAAAUACCCAUAACCAAAGGGGAGUUCACCUGUUCUACAUAAUAUUUGCAUAUCAUGUAAUCUAAUCAGGAGAGCUAUCCUACUGUGCUGAGUUGUGAAUUGUAAUGACUUAUGAAUUCAGAUAUUUUUAUGAAUUGUGUUGUGUUAAUCAGUUUCAUCAUUGUGAAUGUUCUCUGCCAUAUUAACAAUUGCAGUACAGUGCACUCCGCUAAUAUGACUGAAUCAAAUAAUCAAUUUAGUGCUAAAAGAAAAGCAUAGAAUACGUGAUGUAAACAUCCUUAAAUGUACAAUGUCCUUGGCACUGUACACAUUGUCAUACUUAUAAGCGCCGGGCACUGUACUUCAUAUAGUCAACUCAUACAGUGUGCACCACCUAAUCCUAUGUGAAUCAACGGUAAAAGAUAAUGCUAAACUUGUGGCAGCCUAUUUCUUAAAGAGUGCACUACUUUUGACCUAUAGUGCAAUGUUUUUGAUCUCUGGUCCAAAGCAUUGCACUAAAGGGAAUGGCUGAUCUUAAGUAGUGUACCAUUUCAGUCAUAGCCUUUGAUUCAGGGCCCAGAAUAUUGCAGUUUGAAAAUGUGUGAUUUAUCCUAGUUAUAAAAUCAUGUGAGAAGCUAAAUCAGCCAGAGUUCUCUGCCACGAACCAUAUUAAUUAUUGUUUGUUCUCCCAUGGACACCAAGGAAAGAAGAAUGAGCAAUCUGUUAUAUAGGUGUGGAUGGCUACACAGUGAAAGGCUUGUAGAUCUUGAACAGUGAAUAUCUACACUGGAUUGUUAAUUGGGCUGGUCAAUUCUUGAUUAUAUCUUUUUUGAUUAUUUGUGUGUUUGUAUUGUAUUUGCGAGACAUUCUGCUGCACUGUUGGAGCUAGUUUAUAGUUAAUUCGCCAUCAGUCAGCAUCUCCACACAAAAUAAUUUUUCUGGGUGUGUGCCAGCUCAUGUUUUUUAUUCUACUGUUGGAGCUAGUAACAUAAUCAUUUUGCUGCACCUGGUAUAACAUCUGCAAAUCUGUAUACACAACCAAUACACUUUGAUUUGAAUAAAAUGGUCUAAGAGGCUGCAGGUUCGUGGCACAUA